CGAGCCUCUGCAGCGGGGGCGCAGGCGGAAGUGGGGGCGCCAGCAGCCGCGGAGCUUGUGUUCUAGGAGCUGGGGAAUCCAGCAGCGGGAGAAGCCAGGCGGCGACCUUGAAGCCAGCCGACUGAGGGAAAGGAGAUACAGGCAGACACGGGGACUGGCAAGUGCAAGAGCCCAGGAAGGGACUGCCAGCCAUCGCGCCCGCGGACCAGCGCGGAGGCCAGCGUGGCCUGGGGAAGAGAGCAAGCGUGGGGCUCCACGAGGGUGCUGGCAGGAUCCAGAGCCUUCCGGGCCUUCAAGGCUGUGGUGAGGACUUUGGUUUUGCCUCUGAGCAAAACAGAAGCCUCAAGAGCGCUCUGAACAGAGGAGCCAGGACAAUGCAGACUGCCCUGACCAUUCCUGUGCCUGUGCUCCGGCUCCCCCGGGGCCCUGAUGGCUUGAGCCGCGGCUUUGCCCCCGAUGGACGCAGGGCCCCCCUGAAGCCCGAGGUUUCAGGAAUCCAGGAUUGUCCCAUAGAUCAAGAAUCUCCGGAGUCCCAGGAACAGCGGGCCCGAGCCACCCUUCGGGAGCGCUACCUCCGCAGCCUGCUGGCCAUGGUGGGUCGUCAGGUGAGCUUCACGCUGCACGAGGGUGUGCAUGUGGCUGCCCACUUUGGAGCCACCGACCUGGACGUGGCCAACUUCUACGUGUCACAGCUGCAGACUCCCAUAGGCGUGCAGGCUGAGGCGCUGCUCCGAUGUAGUGACAUUAUUUCAUACACCUUCAAGCCAUAAAGACAUUAUUGUGUUCACCUGUCUGCCUGAGGCUUAGCCACUGUAUCCCACGCCUCCAAAUGUUCCUGAGCCAGGAACUCUGGGCCCCCUAGAGUUCCGAGCUCCCCUGGAAUUUUGGGCCAGGCUCCAAGCAACUGUGGAUUCCUGAGACCUCCAGGAUCUAGUCAGUAAAAUUCUGCAACCCUAGGAAUUCUAGAUCCUGUUGAAAGGAAUGCUCUACCUCACAGAACUCUGAACUCUACAGAAAUAUGGGCCUGAUGCCAUUUCCUGAAGACUGGGGUGUGGCGGCGGGAGAAUGAGGGAAGGCAAAUUGCAGAGAAGUUGUUUAUUGACGAGAUUGCAAAAUUCAACCACCCUGAAGAUACUCCCCAAUGUUCCCCUCCUGCUAAAGAAUCAAUUAUCCCAGGAAAA